AUGGAGUGCGUCAAUGCACGUAUACCAUAUACAAAAUGGCGUCUUCAUGCAUUCCGCCAAUUGCUAGCGACUUCCCGUCCCCUGACAGCGCAAGCAGCCAGUCGGGGUAUCUCGACCGCGCGACAAAAUGAAUCAAACGAAUCAUCAUCAGAAACGGAGGAGGAUAACUCGGGUCCAAAACCUAUACCUCCAUCGCAGCGCCUUCCACAGUCCCCUCUGUUCAGACACCCACGUCACAGGGAGAAGACUCGCAAGAGACGCGCCACGACAGAGGAGGAAGCCAACCUGCGCAAGAACCCAUGGGCAGUAAUGUUGGCCUCGCCGCCACGUAUGUGUACUAUUACCGCCGCAAGACUUCCUUCCGAUCUUCUGGGGACGUGGGGACUCGUUCGACAACCAGAUGAAGAGAAGCUGUACAUGAUGCCUGUGGGUCUGCUGCGAGACUCGUCGCACGGCAAGAAGACCCAAAUACCCGACUCAUCACCGGAGGCAACUAUCGCAGACCCACUUGGAAGCGCAAAUACCCAGGUAGCUAGUCCGGAAGAGGAUUCCCCGCUCCAACCGGUGGUCCCAGAUUCCCAAGUCAACAGCGCCGGACGCGAGCUCUUGCUUCGCAUCACGGAGCUCCUGCCGCUUCUUCGAUGUAUCACACCUCCGCUCGUCAGAAAUCGCGGGACUGGUCGCUCGAAGAGAAACGCGAUGUCGCGCUUGAUACCGUUUCGCUGGAAACAACCUACAGGCCCCAUUACGGCGCAUGUAGAAAAGCAGAUCUCUUGGUCAGAGGAUAUGCCGGAUGUUGUACUAUAUGGUAUGAGGAGCCGAGUGAUUGAGAAGCUGGGUGCUGUUCUCGAGAAAUAUAAGCGUGUUGGAACUCCCAAUGGGGUUUGGAGGGCUUUGGAUCUGCCGGUCUACUCGGAUGUUGCGCUGGAGGAGGUUCUCGGAAGUCUGGAUUCGUUUGAGCGUAUGGAGGGCGGUGCAGUCCUCUUGCUUGGCUCGGAGCUGUCUGUGGCUGCUGGCGAUGUGUCGAACUCGAAGGUGGCUUUGGAAUCGGUGGCUCUCACGCAAACUGGAUCGAAGGUUCCUGUUUUUGAUCUGUCGGUGCUGUUUUCCGAGUCUGAUUUGGAGAAGCUCCGUGAGAGCCAUGGUCAACUCCAGCACAAAGCAUUGUUCUUCAGGCCUGAGGAUCAAAUCGGCAUCGAGGCUAUGGUAGCCCUCUGGAAGCUCAAACGACUUCUUGCUGCAGGCGAUAUUUCGACAUGA